CAUAUUUCGCCACAUUGUUCUAUUUACGUGUUUGUUUUUACGACGUUUUUACCACCCCAACUACCGUGAAGUGCGCGCCUUAAUUCGUAUCUUUUCCCUUUUUCUGAGUGUUUUUACCGUGUGAAAGUGAUUGUGUGUCGUGUCGCGCUCGCUGCAAAGGGUGUACUGUUUUGUUUUUUCCUCCGCUCAUUAGCAUGAAGUGUUAUCGGUUUGCCAUACACCACGCCAGCCAUUCGACGGGACGCCCUAGCUGAUAAACAAAAUCCCCACGAGCGCUAUCGUGAAGCCAUCCUACCAUAGAAAGAAGGAAAGAAAUCGCCGCACCACAAUGUGUAGGGACGAAAUUUUAGCACACCUGACGGAAAUGUUCGGUGAUCAUAUUGAGCAGGAGCGAAUCAUUGCCACGAUCGAGCAGUACGACGACUUGAACGCGUGUGUCGAAGCGCUGCUGAAGGACGAGGAACAGAUCGUUUCAUCCCCGGACCGGCCGAAACCGGACGCAGCACUGCCGAUAGCAUUACCACCACCACCACCAUCGCCCACCGAUGGGCCCGACUCCUCGACCGGCGCUACCCGCAAGCAGGUGAACGUGGCGAAAGGCAACCUCCAGUCGGAGAUGGCCACCAGCUUCGCCAGCCUGCUGCAGAAGGGCAGCUUGCCGGUGCAAUUUCAGCAGCCCGGCAACAGCGCCAGCCAGCGGCCCCGGGGACCCGGCAAGCACAAGCCAGCGCCGGACCAGCCGGCGAACUAUCAAAACAUCCUCGACAUGGUGGGCCAAGGUUAUCGCGUCAUGGUGCUGAUGCGUGGAGCGCCGGGCAGUGGCAAAUCGCACCUAUCGCGGGCGCUUAUCGACCACACUUCGGGGGGCGAUUAUCGUAAUCACAUAUUCAGCGCCGACGAUUACUUCAUGGUGAACGGUGUGUACAAAUUCCAGCCCGAUGCGAUCGACGCGGCCCAUCGCUUUAAUCAGCAAAACGUGCUAGCGAAGGCACGUGACGGCUGGAGCCCGAUCGUGGUGGACAACACGAACAUCUGCCUGUGGGAGAUGUAUCCGUACGUGCAGAUGGCGGCCGACCACGGGUACUUUCUCGAGGUGCUCGAGCCGCAAACGCACUGGCGGAACAACAGCCGCAGCCUGGCGAUACGCAACACGCACGGCGUGCCGGAGCCGAAGAUCAAGCGGAUGCUGCAGAACUACGAGAAGCUUGCGAGCGUGCAGGACCUGUACCGGAUGUGCAAGCUCGAGCACGCGCUGUACAUUCCAGUCAAGAUGCGCCACUAUCCGAUCCUGCCGACCGACUUGCUCAUUACUGGCGACGAGCAGCGGGCACCGGUGGACCAACCGUCGCAGACGGCGACCGCACAGUGGAAUGACGCAUGGGAGGGUGGCAUGACGAAAGCGACAAAAGACAACGGCGGACAGAAGCCUAACCUUUCCGCCAUACCGCCGCCGAAGCCGCCUCGCGAUCCGCAAAAGAUAGGCACGCCCAUUAAAGUGCCCGACUCCACCGGGCACCAGGGCGCGAUGAAGGUGGAUAGCGUCGGCGAACCGGCCGGUGCGAUGGGUGGUGCAACCACCCGACUUGACGAGGACGAUUUUGUCUGGGAUUUUACGGACGACUGGCGCAAGACGGCCACCAACUGGAAGCCGUACGACACGGAAAGCAAUCAGUUCUGGGGCCAAACGUCGUCGUCGGCGUCCUCGUCGACGAAACCUCCCCCACCGGUGAACGUGCUAGAGCUAGAAGCGCAACCCCAGCGAACGUCCAAUCCGCUCCACGAACCGAUUGCGGAGUAUCUCCUUUCCAGCGUGAAGGAACCGACCAAGCUGCCGGCAAAGUUUACCGAUCCGGCACAGAAAACCCUUCCUCCGUCCACCGCGCUCCAAACGCCAGGCAAGGAAAAGGCGUCGAAAAAGACGGACAAAAAGCGAAUCGCCUUGACGAAGCACAAGCGCGGCUGUCCGAAUGAGAACGCGAGCUUUUCGGAGAUCUGCAACCUCUACCCAAAGGUACCGGAGUCCUACCUGUGGGAUCUGUUCGAGAAGUGCAGCGGCGAUGGUGACUGGGUGGCGAACCUGCUGCUCGAGGAGCAAAAGUUGGAAAACUUUGAAAACCCGUUCGGCGAUGCUGGCUCUUCAGCUGGCCAACGGCGGCGAGAGGAAGGUGGUGAGCUGGUAGAUGCCCUCACGGAGACGGCGGUCAAGUGGAACUUGCUGGAAUGUAGCUGCAACGAACCGGUGCCGAAAGCUGUCCCGGUGGUACCGGUCGCACCGUCGCUGCUCGAGGUGGACACCUUGGAAGCGGACCAAAUGCUAGCCGCCGCAAGCUACACACCCGCUGGCGGCUCCUCGGGACAUCAGUCACCGCGCGAAACGGUCCGGCGGACGGGGCAGGGGGGCCAGCAGCACAACAGCAAGGAAAACGCCCAAGCGCUUAAGAAGGAAAUCGAGGCACGGUUCAUACUCGGCAACGAACACUUCUCGGAACCGAUCCAGAAGCUGCGCCUGGCCAGACGCAUCGUCCCGGCCGCCGACGAGUCGCCGCCCGAGGAGCUGCUCGAUCUGGAGACGGCCGACAAGGCGACGGACAGCGAGGUGGUCGAGCUGCGGCUCGGCGUCGAGCUGGUGCAGCAGCUGCACGCCAUCUUCCGGGACAAGCACUGUCCCAAGUCGCUCGAGCUGGACGACCUGCAGUCCGACCGGACGCGCGUGUUCAUGGCAACGGAGACGGCGGAGCAGCUGUACCUGCUGUUCCUCGAUUCGGUCUACAGCUACACCGAGGAGGAGCGGCAGCGCAGCCUGCGGGAGGACGCCCGCAUGGCGCAGCUGAUGCAGACGGAGGAAAAGUAUCCCGCCCUGUUCAAACCGCCCGACCCGUCCGGCGAGCCGAACAUGAAGGACAUCAUCGAGAUGGAGGAAGCGCUGGCCGCCUACCAGAAGGAAACGAACGCCACCUGGCAGAAGGCGGACGGACCGCCCGACCUGGCCCAGCAGAUGUCGCAGCAGAAGCUGAAGGAAAUGUUCCCGCACCUGAACGGUGACGAUCUGGUGGAGAUUCUCGCUGCGCACAACAAUCGCUUCGACGAGACGGUGCAGGUGCUGAACGCCUCCAUCCCGGACACCGUGCGCCAGCAGAUGCUGGAGAAGGAGGAGCUGCUGAAGAAGCGGGCCGAGCACGAGAAGCAAAAACUGCUCGAUCUGUUCAGCUCGCCCACCUUCGCCACCCCGUCCCCGACCGGGUCGAGCCUGUCCGGCGAGGAGGCGAUCAAUUUCCACCUCAUCAAGGCGGAAGAGUGUCGCAAUCUGGCCCAGCAUCAUCUCGACCUCAAGAACGAAUGCCACGCAAAGGCCCGGCAGGCGAUUCAGCGCAAUGUGCCGGGUUUGGCCGACUAUUACUCGCAGAUUGCGCGCCUGCACCGGACCAAGAUCGACAUGUACAACAGCCGGGCGUCCAACUGCAUCAUGGAGGUGCACAAGCUGAAGCUGAACAAUGACGAGGUGCUCGAUCUGCACUAUCUCCACUCGCAGGAGGCGCUGCGCUGCUUGGAGCUGUUCCUUGCCGAGCAUGCCUCGAAUCUGCUCAACUCGCAGCAACGCUUCAAGACGCUGUACAUCAUCACGGGGCGCGGAUUGCAUUCCGCCGAUGGCAAACCAAUCAUCAAGCAGCGUGUUAAAGCCAUGCUGAGAGUUAAGAACAUAAGAUACACCGAACUGAACCCGGGUUUCCUCAAGAUUAAGCUGUUCAAUCGUGAUGACCUGGAACAGCUUAUGAUGACGGCCUAAAAGGAAGGCCGAAAGAGGGGAGUUUCACGUACGAGAAAGUGUACUUAAGCGCACAAGCGUCUCAAGCCACCGCAAUAGGGAGGAAAGUCGUCGGAAAUCACGCUGUUUCAAGCUACACGCCCAAUCGCGUGUGUAGAAGGAUGGACGGGAAGGGAUAAUCACGUUGCAACCCCAAUGUACCUGAUUUGCAGUCACGAGUCAUCCGAGAGUCAUUUAGCGAAUAAAGUGAGUGCGCUCUUGCACAAUGAGACGGAUUUACGCCACGGA